UGAAGUUGGCGGUGAGUUUUAGCGCAACCGUGGCUCCGUGGUGGCCUGCAGUGUCUUAUUUAUUGUCUGGUGCUUCAGGCAGCUAGCCUGUUAGCACCGUUAGCCUCUGCUGCUGGUCGCCAUGGCUGCAGUUAUUCUGACUUUCCCAACUCUGCAGGGUCUGCGGAACUUCACACAAAAACUAUCAUGGACCAAAAGAGGUGUGAGGCUUGUUUCAGGAGGGGCAGGAAGGAUAGAAAAGGUGCUGAUUGCCAAUCGAGGAGAGAUUGCAUGUCGUGUAAUGCGAACAGCCAAGAAGAUGGGUGUGCGAUCUGUGGCCGUGUACAGCGACGCAGACAGACACUCGAUGCAUGUGGCAAUGGCAGAUGAAGCAUACCACAUCGGCCCUGCUCCCUCCCAGCAGAGUUACCUCUCGAUGGAGAAGGUUUUAGAGGUGGCCAAGAGGUCAGGAUCACAUGCGGUCCAUCCAGGUUAUGGUUUUCUGUCAGAAAACACAGAGUUUGCAGAAGCAUGUAAACAGGAAGGAAUCAUCUUUGUUGGGCCUCCUUCCUCUGCUAUCCGAGACAUGGGCAUUAAGAGCACAUCCAAACACAUAAUGUCAGCUGCUGGUGUGCCGAUCAUUGGCGGUUACCAUGGAGAGGACCAAUCAAAUGAGAAGCUGCAGGCGGAGGCGGCCCGGAUCGGAUACCCAGUGAUGAUCAAGGCAGUUCGUGGAGGAGGAGGGAAGGGUAUGCGAAUCGCUCGGUCAGACGCAGACUUCUUGGAGCAGUUGGAGUCGGCGAGACGUGAGGCCAGAAAGUCCUUCAACGACGACGUCAUGCUGGUUGAGAAAUUUGUCGAGGAUCCCAGACAUGUGGAGGUUCAGGUGUUCGGAGAUAUGCAUGGGAAUGCCGUCUACCUGUUUGAGAGGGACUGCAGCGUCCAGAGGAGACACCAGAAGAUCAUCGAGGAAGCACCAGGGCCUGGAAUAAGCCCCGAGGUCCGCAGGAAGCUGGGAGAGGCUGCAGUGAGAGCAGCUAAAGCCGUCAACUACGUGGGAGCAGGCACGGUGGAGUUUAUCAUGGACGCACAGCACAACUUCUACUUUAUGGAGAUGAACACCAGACUGCAGGUGGAGCACCCGGUCUCUGAGAUGAUCACCGGAACCGACCUGGUGGAGUGGCAGCUCAGGGUGGCAGCAGGGGAGCGUCUGCCUCUGCUUCAGGAUGACAUCAUCCUGAGAGGACACUCUUUCGAGGCUCGAAUCUACGCCGAAGACCCAAACAACGACUUCCUUCCAGGGGCCGGGCCUCUGCUGCACCUCUCCACGCCGGCAUCGGACUCUCACACACGCAUCGAGACCGGAGUCAGGGAGGGGGAUGAAGUGUCGGCACAUUAUGACCCAAUGAUCGCCAAGCUUGUGGUCUGGGGCGAGGAUCGCUCGGCGGCCUUGAAGAAACUGAGAUACUGCCUACGACAAUACAACAUCGUCGGACUGAACACUAACAUCGACUUCCUCUUGAGUCUUUCGGGCCACCCGGAGUUUGAGGCCGGUAACGUGACCACCAGCUUCAUUCCUCAGCACUACGCCGACCUCUUCCCUGCUCCCAGGGCGCCGUCCGGGGCCGUGGUCUGCCAGGCGGCUCUGGGUCUGGUGCUGCAGGAGAGGAAGCAAACUCAGAGCUUCACACAGAGCGCCUCAGACCCUGCUUCUCCGUUUGGCUCCAGCCUCGGCUACAGAAACAACAUCCAGUUCAACAGAAAUCUGACGCUGCAGCUGGGAGAGAAAAAAGUGAAGGUGACCGUUGUGUACAACAAAGACGGAAGCUACAACAUGCAGAUCGGCGAUGAGGUUUACCACGUGACCGGGGAGGUGGAGACGGAGGGCGGAGCGGCUUUCCUGCACUGUUCCAUCAAUGGAGUGAAAUCUCGUCCCAAACUGGUGAUUCUGGACAACACAGUGCACCUCUUCUCCACGGAGGGGAGCUCCCAGGUCUCAGCUCCGGUGCCAAAGUAUCUGGGAGCCGUGAGCGGGGCCAGAGCUCAGGGAGGAGCCGUGGCCCCCAUGACCGGAACCAUCGAGAAGGUGCUGGUGAAGCCUGGAGAUAAAGUGACUGUUGGAGACCCUCUCAUGGUGAUGAUCGCUAUGAAAAUGGAGCACACGAUCCGAGCGCCUAAGUCGGGCGUGAUCAAGAAGGUUUUCUUCAGCGAGGGCUCGCAGGCCAACCGCCACGCCGCUCUGGUGGAGCUGGAGGAGGAGGCGGAGGGGGCGGAGGAGGCGGGGAGCAGCCAGUGAACCACAGCUGCUCUGACAGGUCGGAGGGAGGAAGCCAGCCAGUGUCGUCGAUGAGUUUGAAGAUGGAAGCGUGUCUGGACGGUGCGGGUCAGACAGAGAAUUUCAACAUGAACCGAAGAGCUCGGACAGAGGGGUCAGGGGUCGCGGGGGUCACAGGGGUCGGGGAUGUGAGUUGAGUCGAGCGGUAGAAGAGCACACGUAGCAGCUAAUGAACAUAAUCUUUCCUCCAGUGGAUGAAUCAUCUGUAAUGUUGCCUUUUUACACAGCGGAUUGUUGCAUUUAUCGUUUGUCUUUACGCUCUUAGUGUUGAUUUCUGUUAGUUUUAGUUUCUUCUUCUUCUUUUUUUUUCCUGAUCAGUACAGGUUGAUGCACUCGGGCGGUGAUGGUAUCGAUUGCAGCUGCUCUUUUCUGACCACUUCUCGACACUGUGUGUGUGUGUGUGUGUGUGUGUGUGCACAAAUUGUGUGCUGAUAUAGUUACUGAUAACUGCGGGAGAUUGUUUCACAUCCCCUGAUAUGAACCUGUAAAUUUUAACCAGGAGUCCGUGAACGCGGCCGCCAGCACACAGGAGCACAGAGUUUGUUGCUGUUUUUCUGAAUUAAUGAGGUAACUUUAACAUUGUCUCCAAAUCAUGAAGUUGUGUAAAAGUAGACGAAUCGGGAGGAUCUGUGGAGAAUCUCACUGUUGCCGAUGUGGUUCAGACUGACCUUCGACUGUCUCUCAUGAUUUAACACAGCGCUUCCAGACAUUGUUUUUUUUUUUUGUUGGAGUUUCCUUUUGAUUGCCUCGGAGCUACUGCAGACCAGAUAUUGUUUCACCUGAGAGGAAGAACUUGAUAAGCUGAUAUUGUGCUCGCCAUUCAGCCAACUGUUUUCCAGAUAAAUCUGCCUCAGUUCAACUUUUCUCGAAGUUUUCAUCUUCAUCUCAGGCUGAGAUUUGCUGCUGAAGGAUUCAGUCCUUCUUACUCCAGCUGCUAACAUAAUGUAAAGACAGGAGAGGGGCCCGUCAACAAUGAGAUGGACAAUUAAAGACCGUAAAGCUUUGGUGUAAAGCGGUCCUCGUUUCUCUCUACGUCAGAUGGUUGUUUGAGCCUGAUUUCUGAUCCACUGAACAUCAGUGACGAGACACAAACCCAUCCUCAGCUGGCCUCGGCUCCCAGAAAGGCUGUCAGUUAUCUCUUUAAUUCAGGAAUGUUUUGUGCAAUACAUUUCCACACUUUAGACUUUAAAUUCCCUCACUUCUGCCUCCGAACUGUCUAUUUUACUGCGUUGCCGUCACAGUGAGCUUCGGCGCCGUUGUUCCAGAAUUGAGCUGAUUUAUAAGAAAAAAAACCACACACUCCAGAAUAUGUUUUUGCUCUGGUAAUGAGGAGCGUUCACUAUUUUUUUGUGACCGUUUUUAGCCUUUGGGUUCAAAAACAAGGAUGAAAUGUCGGUCAGCGAGAGCUUUGAGUGGACAGAUGUUUUUUUUUUUUUUUCGAGUAAAUCCGCAGAGCGUGACCGCUCAACACACACGAGUUAUGUGAAGUGCUGAUCUCUCUCCCUCUCUCCCUCUCUCUCUCUCUCUCCCUCUUCCCCCCUCUCUGACUAACCCGUGUGCUCUGAGGCCUUUCAAACUGAAGCUGUUAAUAUCUGCAUUCAUCUCUGGACUGUUUGUACUCAUGAUUUGAAACGGACAAAGAGCCGAUCGUGGAUUAAUCAAACACUGUAAUAAAUGUU